AUGAAACCUACAGAACUAGAACUCACUCCUUCCUCACCAACACCACUUUCUACCCCAACAAGUUUGUCAUCACAAAUAACUGAUGGUGAGCCGAAUCGGAAGAAAAAAAUUCAUGAAAAUAAAGAUUCAAUAUUUUCAGUAUUUCUUGGACAAGUUCCUCGAUCCAAUUCACUCAACAAUGACUCGACGAUGUACUCAACAAAUCAUUUAACGCCAAUAUCAUCAUCAAACAGAAGAGGUGGGAGUCAUAUAAGAAAACUAUCUACUGAAAAUUUAAAAUCAACUUUACUAUUACCUGAAAAUAACGAUGGGUUUCGAAGAAAAUCUUUUGAUUCAGACAGGAGUUCUACCUCAACCAUAUCAAGUAUUACAGACUCUCAUUAUUUCAAAAUUGGACAUAGACGAACAAAAAGUUCAGAAAGCGAAUCAGGAAUAGAGUCACCAAAUAUAGUAAAAGAAAAGAAAACAAAAUUUAAAUGGUUUAAAAAACCAAAAGACAAAGAACCAAAAGAUAAAGACAUUACACCUGAAGCUGAGUUAGAUUGGGUUAAAGUUAGCGUGAAAAAAGACAAACUGGGAAAGAAGAAGGAUCAUGAUUCGAUUGGCAUUAAUUUGGACACUAACUUUGAUAAUAUGGAAGGCAUUAUAAGGCAAAGUCGAAUCUCUGGUGCAAGAUUAUAUGAUAAUGAAUUUUUGCAUAAAAAUACAAUACAUGACUUACCUCAACUUACCUCAACAACUGGAUCGGAAGCUUGGUUAGCACCUGAGUCUUGGGCUGUAAUAAAAGAACUCCCUAACGAAAGUCCAAACGGUUUUCUAAAAGAUGAAUUUCAUGGUGCUACGGACUAUUCACAAGGAUCAGAAGAGCGAAAAAAAUUAUUUUGUAUACGAAUAUUUCGUCCCGAUUCAACUUUUGGAACUGUUAGUUACCCAAUAUCUAUAACAGCUGCAGAAUUAUGUCAUCAAGAAAAGCCAUUAUUAUUACAAAAAAAAUGGCUUGAACGAGCCGGUUAUACAGAUCAAGAUAAUUUAGAAGAUCUUGGCAGAGAAGAUAAUAGCUAUUUGGUUCGUUUUACGUUUCGUGAAACAACUGUACCAAGUUUUGAGGAGGAUGCAUCAUUAUUGAAUUUUCAACAUGUAGAUCUUCGAGCUCGAAAUUUACAAACUAUUCCUAUAUUCCUUCAUAAAUAUGCUUAUUACAUUCAAGUACUUGAUGUUUCUCAGAAUCUAAUGUUAGAUCUUCCAACAGAUUUCAUACAAUCGUGUACUCAACUACGUGAACUUCGGCUUUUUGGUAAUGAGUUAGAUCGUGUACCACAAUCAGUAAAGCAAUCAUUUAUGCUUUCAAACCUUAAUUUAAGUUCAAACAACUUGUGUGACAUUGACCAUAUACAGUUGAGCGCAAUUGGUGGAUUAACAAUCCUAAAAGUUGAGAACAAUAAGCUUCAACAUUUGCCAGAUUAUUUCACUAAAUUUAAUAGUUUAAGUGUAUUAAAUAUAGCUAAUAAUUCUUUUGUAGAAUUUCCAGUAAUCAUCUGUAAUAUCUUCACUCUUGCUGAGCUUGAUCUUAGCUUUAACAAGAUCGUAACAAUACCUGAAGAUAUAGGGAAACUUUCAAAUCUUAAAAGGUUAUUUUUGAUUGGGAAUCAAUUAUCCGGUCCACUGCCAGAAAAUUUUAUGUUUUUGGUUUCUCUUAAAGAAUUAGACGUGCGUAACAAUCAGCUUCACAAUAUUGACAUUCUUUCAUCUGUUCCAAAUCUUGAAUGUCUUCUUGCAGAAUCCAAUAAAGUGAGCACGAUAAAUUCAUCAUCAAAUUCUUUAAAACGACUCAUGCUUUCAAAAAAUCGUCUUACUCAAUUUUGGCUUGCAUCCGCUGGAACUUGUUUAACUGAAUUGUUAUUGUCACGCUCAAAAUUAACAACCCUGCAUGAUGAAAUUUUUGAAAGUCUUCCUUUGAUAGAAAAGCUGGAUAUCAGUAACAAUCAAUUUGUGACAUUGCCAAAAAAAAUCUGUCUAUUGACAAAAUUAACGCAUCUGCUAUGUGCAUAUAAUAUUUUAUCUGAGCUACCAAGUGAAAUCAGUUCUAUGAAAGCCUUACAAGUUUUAGAUGUUCACUAUAAUAAUCUUAAUUCACUUCCAAAAGAAAUUUGGCUUUGUUUGAAUUUAAGAACCUUGAAUGCAAAACUUAGAGUUUUAAAUCUUUCUUUUAAUAGUUUGGACGAAAUACCAAAUGGAGGCAUUACAAAUCCUCAUUUGACUGAAUUGUAUCUUUCUGGAAAUCAAUUGUCAUCCCUUCCUGAUGAGAUUGAAAGAUUAUCAGGUUUAAUGGUUUUGCAUUUGAAUGGUAAUAAAUUACAAACAUUACCAGCUGAAUUAAGUAAAAUAAGAAAAUUAAUUGUGUUGGAUGUUGGUAAUAAUUCUUUAAAAUAUAAUAUUGCAAAUUGGCAAUUUGAAAUCAAACAAGUUCAUCUCAGUGAAAUAAAUCCUAUAAAGGAAAGAAACCUGGCAGAUUUCAAUGCAUUAACUCGGUUACAAGUUUUGGGUCUUAUGGAUGUUACUCUUUUAAAUUUAAUGGUUCCUGAUGAGAGCGACGAUCGUCGUGUCCGUACUUCAUCUUCUGAAGUUAAUUCAAUGUCAUAUGGAAUGGCAGAUAGAUUAGGUCCACAUGAUCAUCAUCUUUCAAUAUGGGAAACUGUCAUUCCAAAGUUUCGUGGUCGUGAUGAUGAAUGUUUAUUUGGAAUUUUUGAUGGUAGGUAUGGAACAGAUCGAAGUGAUCCUGUUACCAAAUAUCUUCAUGACUGGCUUCCGUAUCAUUUCAAGGCAGAACUUGAGAAGCUUAAAGAUAACGAAACAGUUGAAUCAGCUAUAAGAAGAACCUUUUUAAGUUUGAAUAAAGAACUUGGAUCAAAAGUCUUCAAUUCAAGUAUGGAGGCUGAAUAUACUAUGGAAAAAGAAAAUAACCGUACAUCGUCAUUACAAAUUGAUGAUAAUAAGUCAGGUGCAUCUGGUUUAAUUGCAUAUAUUUCAGGAACAAAAUUAUAUGUUGCAAGUGCCGGAGAUACUACUGCAGUCAUUAGUCGUAAUGAUGGCAAUGCACAUGCUAUUGCAUGUUGUGAAAAUCCAAAUAGUCCAAAUGAGUUUCAAAGAAUAAGAGAUGCUGGUGGGUUUUUGUCUCAUGAUUUUCUGGUUAAUGGAGAAAUUGAAGUUUCCAGGUCAUUUGGGCAUUUCCAUUUGAUGCCAAUUAUAAAUUCCGAUCCAGUAAUUGAAUUGGUAGAGCUUUCAGAGCAAGAUGAAUUUGUCAUAUUAGCAACCAAAGGUUUAUGGGAUCAUAUGAGUUAUCAAACAGCAGUAGAUAUUGCAAGAACUGAAAAAGAGGACUUGAUGCUUGCAGCACAAAAAUUGCGUGAUUUUGCUAUUACAUACGGAUCAGAAAAAAAAUUAAUGGUGAUGAUAAUUGGUGUAGGAGACAUGUUUGAUCAGAGAUUAAAAAGAUAUACAAUGGCAGGAGACUUAAAUACUAAAAGAGGAAUUUUACAAAUUGCAGAGGAAGUAGGCACAACAUUUUUCUUUGGCACUAGUAAGAAACGAAUAAGAAAAGAAGAAAUUCCUAGUGAUUCUAUGAUGGCGAGAUUACAAAAGGAAAUUACACCGCCUACAGGACAAGUUGCAUUGGUGUUCACUGAUAUUAAAAAUUCAACUUUUUUAUGGGAAACCGUACCUGUAGCAAUGCGACAUGCAAUUAAACAACAUAACACAAUAAUGCGACGUCUUUUACGUAAUAUUGGUGGGUAUGAAGUGAAGACAGAAGGAGAUGCUUUUAUGGUAUCUUUUCCAACAGUGACAUCAGCACUCCUUUGGUGUUUAACAGUGCAAGUUCAACUUCUUGAAGUUGAUUGGCCACAGGAAAUCAUUGAUUUAGAUGAUGGUAAGGAAAUUUAUGGCGGUAGGGAUAAUGAUAUGAUAUAUAGAGGGCUAUCGGUUCGUAUGGGUAUUCAUUGGGGGACACCGUUGUGUGAAAUUGACGUUGUAACAAAAAGAAUGGAUUAUUACGGGCCAAUGGUUAAUAGAGCCGCUAGAAUAUGUAAUGCAGCUGAUGGAGGGCAGAUCUGUGUUAGUUCAGAUAUAGUGUCAGAGAUAAGGUUAUUGGGAGGCCUAAUUAAUAAACAUGAUCCAAACAAUGAAGGAAAUGGAGAAAUGAUUCCAGGGAAUGUUAUAAAAGUUGCAGAUACAACUGUUAUCGUUGAUAAAAAUCUUAUUGCAUUAAGAAAAAUGGGAUUUGUUGUUCAACAAAUAGGAGAAAUUAAACUUAAAGGUUUAGAGAAUCCGGAACAGCUUUCAUUGGUUUAUCCAGAUGCAUUAAAAGGCAGAAUGGAAGAAGAUAAAUCUAAAGAUCGGCAUUCUAUAAAGAUUAUUGAUCCAACAGCACAAAUACUAGAUCCAACAUUAGUACGCUCACUUGGUUAUUUAUGUCUUCGUCUUGAACGUGUUUCAUCAGGCACUAUGAACCAAAGAAGUAGUCGUAAUUCGCGUACAGAUUAUCUAACAGGAUUGUUAACAUUUCAUGUUAAAGAUAUUGCAGACGAUGAAGAAUUAUUAAGGAUUGUGGAAAGUUUAAUAACAAGAAUUGAAAAUUCAAUAUCUACUCUAUAUCUUAAAAAAGUACAAGGGUAUGCAAAAAUUAUCGAGGAGUUAUAUAAACAGAUAACGGAUGCCUCCUCAAACAUGGAAUAA